AUGUCGAAGCCAACCAUAGUACUGAUACCAGGUGCCUGGCACGUCGCCGAACACUAUUCUCUACUGACACCCUACCUCAAUGACGCUGGCUACCAGACGCUACCUCUGACUCUGCCGUCAAGCGGUUCCGAUCCAGCAAUCCCAGACUUCACAGCCGAUGUCGAGGAGGUACGACUUAAUGUAGUCCCGCUGCUCGAUGCUGGAAAGGACGUGGUCGUAGUGAUGCAUUCCUACGGAGGUAUCCCGGGAAGUUCAGCCAUGAAAGGCCUGUCCAAGACGGAUCGUGAAGCUGCUGGUAGACCCGGAGGAGUCACAGCCUUGGUGUAUAUGUGUGCAUGGAUGCUGGACGAAGGCGUGUCAAUGUUUCAAGGUGGUGGUGGCAGAGGCGGAAAAGGAGGACCGUCGAGUUUCAAGAUUGAGAAUGAUCGCUCGACGCACCUCGACGCAGUCAAUGCAAUGUACCAUGACAUGCCGGUGGACGUGGCAGAAGGCUUCGUUGCAAAGAUGCGACCAUUCAGUUUCCCAGUGAGAUAUUCACCAGUCACGUAUGCAGCUUACAAGCACAUUCCAACGACGUACCUGCUUGCGAAAGGAGACAAAAUGAUCGUUUACGAGCGACAAUUGGAGCUGGUGCAGAAUGCUGGCGUGCCGAUCACGACUUUUACGUGUGGCGCUAGCCAUUCGCCGUUUGCUAGCAGGCCGGAGUAUGUAGCACAGGUGAUCAGACAUGCUGCUGGGGAGAAGGUCGACGUGAAGGCGGACUGA